AUGGGUGCAGAUGGAAGUGGUGAGAGAAUGCAAGUGGUGGUGGUGCCACUUCCUGCACAGGGACACCUCAAUGAGAUGCUUCAGUUUUCCAGAGUUAUCGCCGGACGAGGAGCAAGCGUAUCGUUUGUGACCACUUCCACCCAUAUUCACCAAGCCCGUCGCCGUGUUGAGGGAUGGGAUCUUCACAAGUUCGAUAUUCGUUUCGAGGAAUUGCCCAUGCCUCAUCUCACGGACGGAGAGAUCGAUGCUCAGAGUACUCAUUUGUUUCCGUUCCAUUUGAUUCCUCUGUUUGAAGCCGUGGAGGAUCAGCUAGCGUCUCAUGUUGAUCAGCUGCUGAGCACUAUCUGUUCCGAGAACAAUAGUAAAGUGGUUAUCGUCUACGACUCGUGUAUGGGAUGGAUUCAGACUGUGGCUACCAAAUACUCAGUCCCUGCCUAUGUCUUCAGACCCACUGGUUCUUAUUUCAACCUGUGGAUAAAGCGGGUAUGUGACAAGGCAUGGCCCCAUAUUAACAUAUCAUUGAAGCGUUGCUUUCCUGAAAGGUUGAUAAACUAUUUGAGGCGCCAAAGAGCUCUGUCAGCGCCUGCUAAGGGAUGUAUCAUGAACACAUUCAGCGCACUGGAAUCAGAAUUCACUCACCAGGGAAAAGAGGAAUUAGUAUACGAUGGGAAGCCUGUGUGGACUGUGGGUCCUCUUCUUCCGCAGGCCUUCUUCAAUGACGAAUGGCGGUUGCCAUUGAAAGCAGACACAGAGUGCUUGAGAUGGUUAGAUACACAGGCUGAAGGCUCCGUUCUCUACGUUUCAUUCGGCAGUUUAUCUUCUCUUUCAGCCACACAGAUCCGAGAAUUGGCCGACGGAUUGGAACGCAGCGGGCAGCCUUUCUUGUGGGUGCUCAGGAUUUCUGAUGGAGCCCAUUUUUCGACAGAAGUGCAGUUCGGUUCGGCUUGCAAGUUUCUGCAACAAGGGUACGAGAGGCGAUUGGAGGGACGGGGUUUUAUUGCGAGGAAUUGGGUGCCGCAGCUUGAGAUCCUAUUUCACAAGUCGACGGGUGGGUUUUUAACGCACUGCGGGUGGAAUUCGACAUUGGAGAGCAUCAGCGCCGGAGUGGGCAUGCUGGCAUGGCCUCUGCAUACGGAUCAGUUUGCCAAUUCGGCUCUAAUCACUCGGGAGUUGAAAGCGGGCGUGGAAGUGAAAGAAUGGGGAAGUGCAGAGGAAAAUGAGGUGGUUAGUGCGGAGGAGAUUGAGAAAGCAGUGAAACGAUUGAUGGGAAGUGAGGAGGGAAUGCAAGUGCGAAAAAGGGCGCAGGAAUUAAGAGGCGAGGCUCGAAAGGCUGUAGGCGGUGAAGGGUCUUCGUGGAAUGAUAUGGAUUCGCUUCUUCAGCACUUCUCUCAAUCAUUUCCUGAUUAG